AUGAACGAAAAGAGAGUCGCCCGUUCCAAAUCCUUAUCGCCCGCAGCAUCGCUGGUGUCCCUUUCAACAUUCACACAUCCGAGAAGAACAAUUGAGAAGAGAUGGUCCGACGGCCGGAAACAGUCGCCAAAAGAUUGGCAUCGGAUUCGAAAACAAAGAAAGGAAAAGGACAAAGUUGGCGGCCAAGAUACAAAAGAAAUUACGGAUCGUAUCGGAGCGAAGUUGAAUGCAGAUCGGGGAAUCAGAAGACCGAAUCGGAUGUGGAAUCGAUAA